ACUGUUGCACCAUGCCAAGCCCAUUCCCCAGGUGCUAUCACCACGGAUGCUGCGUUGGACCCUCAUGUUAUCAGCAUAUGACUAUGAAAUUGAGUAUCGGCCAGCAGAGAAGCUUUCCAAUGCUGACGCAUUCAGUCGUUUACCACUGAGGGCCAGUAAGGCGGAGAAAGAGGAGCAGCGUCUUUGGGAAGUAGGAAUGCUAGAAAUGGCACCAGAAGUAACAUGGAACUCUAGGAAGGCGGCAAGUUUUACGUCAAGGGACAAGCUGUUGGCUAGAGUCUGCAAUUGGGUGCAGCAUGGGUGGCCAGAGGGCAAGCUACCGGAAGAGUUUGGAGCAUUUGUGAUCCGCAAGCAUGAACUGUCGGUGUACCAAGGUUGUUUGCUGUGGGGCAGUCGUGUGGUCAUUCCAGAGCCAGCUCGACCAUAUGUCAUGGACAUUCUUCACACAGCUCAUCCAGGAAUUGUCAAGAUGAAGGGGCUCGCCAGAGGAGCCGUGUGGUGGCCAGGAAUUGACAGAGAUGUUGAGCAGAAAGUGAGGGACUGUGCACGUUGUCAAGAAUCCAGGUCUGCGCCAGCAGCUGCAAAAAUUCACCCUUGGGAAUUCACCAAGCGUCCUUGGACAAGACUACAUAUCGAUUUUGCUGGGCCAUUCCAAGGCAACGUCUUCCUCAUUGUGGUGGACUCUCACUCAAAGUGGUUGGAAGUGUGCCGAAUGACUUCCAUGUCGGCAGCUGCAGUUUGUGCGAAGCUUCGUUUUCUUUUUGCUACCCAUGGCAUUCCAGAAACUGUUGUUUCGGAUAAUGGAACUGCAUUUUGUUCGGAGGAGUUCAGAGACUUCAUGUGCCGAAAUCAAAUCCGACAUUUGACCGUUGCCCCAUAUCACCCUUCUUCAAAUGGUCAAGCAGAGCGGAUGGUGCGCGAAACCAAGGAAGUACUCAAGCGCAUGGUUGGAGGCAAUAUCGACACACGUCUGGCUAGGUUUUUAAUGACUCAGCAUAUCCUGCCUCGUGCUACAACAGGCAAAAGCCCAGCCGAAUCGCUAAUGGGCAGAAAACUUUCAACUGUGUUAGAGCGUCUGCAUCCUGACCUGCAGUCCAGUGUGCAGCAGAAACAAGAGCAGGUGAUGCAACGCCGUAACCAGGCAGUGCGACUGUUUGAAGUGGGGGAUCGAGUGUUUCUGCGCAACUAUCUCUAUGGGCCCAAGUGGUUGCCAGGCAUUGUGGAUUCUGUCACUGGACCAGUGUCGUACUUGGUCGUCACCAAGGAUGGACGUCGGUGGAGACGGCAUGUUGACCAACUCAGAAGUCGUUCUGCCAGCUACGCAUUGGACAGUUCCACUUCUGGAAUGUGCGAGGAGGAGGAAUCGUUGGUUGCUUCCCCGGCAGGGUGUUCCGAAAGUGGCAUUCCUUCAAGCCCAGAGGACCCUGGAAGACGGGACCAAAGAGAAAUACGAGAGGAGGCUGCAACACCCAGUACCGAACCUGUUUCCUGUGGUGAGGACAGUGAAGUGAGCGCAUCCCUUCAAGUCCAGCGACCACAGCGCCAACGCAGCCGUCCUGCGUAUCUGAAGGACUUCGUGACGUAGGGGGGAGGAGUGUUAUAGCGGGACAAUCUUGGGGCUAAGCAACCCUGUGUUACCAUGUGUCACGUGACGGUGGCUUCCCACCAGUCUGUACCCGGCCUCCGGCAAUAAAGGAUGUAACAGUAUCACUUCCGAGUCUACACAGUCAGCAGUCGUCUCUGAUUCUGUGGGGGAAUCGGUAGCCUCCCAGGACUUGUUGGGACGUCGAGAGGAGCUUCCUGGGCAACCCUCUCCAGCUUUGAGCGACACCCACAUUCAAUUGUCCGACCAACGGGAGGGAAAUAGUAGUAGGACGACUGGGUCUUCGAAGUCGACCGAUACGCGUCGCAACCCCCAAAGUUCUUCUGAGGUACGCACACGUCCUCAUCGUGACAGAAAACGGCCUCCGUGGCUCGAUGAUUAUGUUUCUUGAAUGUAGAGCGUAUUGCCGUCUUCGAAAUGCCACGGCUAGGGGCCUCGCUGUGACAUUUAGGAGACAGUUCACAUGUUUCGUUCACACAGGUAUAAAAUGUGUUCCUUGUUGCGGUGCAGUGAGUCUUGUGCCGUGUUCCUUGUCAGAUUUUGUUUUGACUGACUGCCUGUGUUUUGGUGCCCCAAGUCUGGUGCGCGUGUGGACUUGGGCGGGAACGAACUGAGCUUGUUGUGGACUUAAGUGCGUGCCUUGUGUGCGACUGGUGCGCGUGUGUGUGAACGUGGGGGGGAACGAACUGAGUUUGUCUUUGGACAUAAGUGCGCGUCUUGUGUGCGCGUUUCACUGUAUGCUUACUUUGUUUCCAGGGGGGGAUGAUGUGGUAUAGUGUCUCCCCCUGCCAGAUCUCCGUGUCUCCCUCUCUGCGUCGGCGCUCGCCGUGCGUUCGCUGGGCGCGGGCCCCCGCUUGCCUGCAGCUGCCGACACAACACUCUCCCUGUGAGCACACACGAUGUUACUGUUCACUUUUUAUGAUUUGUUAGGAGAGGUUGAAUUGAGUUGCUGUGAAUGGCCUCUUUAUGGUGUAAAUUCUUAUGUGACCGGCCCUGAUGCAUCAUACCUAGCUAUCAUUGCAAACUUGCCCAUUUUGCAUUGCUGUGGUUAGCACAUAAUUUGCAUUAUGGUGUGGGUUCAGUUCAUAGAGGGCAUGUGGAUAAACAGGGGCCUCUGGCAGAUUACUUUUUCUUGAAGUGCAGAUAAUCAAACUGGUAUUGGUGACAAAUCUGACCAGUCAAUAUACAAUAAAGGUCACGCUUGUUCCAUAAUAUGCCAGUCAAAACAUGCCAUUUGAAACUUUAGACGUGCUACGGCCAUCAACCUGCCGGGUUGACUGACAUGCCACCAUGAAGAAACAUGAUUGAAACUUUGCUUCAAUAUGUCAUCUGUCACUUGCUAAGAGUGUUACAAACAGUGAACCUUGUUGAAAAUAGAUACCAAUUGGAAAUUUUCAUUUGGUUUUGCUCAAGCCGCAUUCACACAUCUGCCUUCUUGUUGUGGCGCUUGGGAAGCCAGUGCUUGAGG